AUGCGUCUCACCACCACCGUCCUCACCCUCGCAAGUACAGCCACCGCCCUCGCCCACCCCCGCAGCACCUCCCCCUCCUGCAACGAUACCACCGCCCCCACCACCACCAGCCCCCCCGUCACCGCCGCCCAAUACGACGGCCACUGCUUUUACCCCGUCCCAGACCCCAAGUUCAACCUCCACAACUACCUCGGAACCUGGUACCAAGUCGCCGGCACGCCCUUUGGCCCAACCGCAGGCGCAAGAUGCGUGACGGCGAAUUACCAGCUCUUCGACAAUAACACCGUCCGCGUCGAGAAUAUCGCAGCCGCAGGUCCAAGCACCUUCAGUAUCGUCGGCACCGGCACGGCAGCCGACAUGGCCUACGGCACCGCAGGCGUUUUUGAGGUGAACUUCCCCUCCGCGGGCCCACCGGGGCAGGGAGGAUUGACGUCGGGUUCCGGAGGUGCGGAAGAGGAUGAUUGUCCUGGGCCGAAUUAUAUUGUCCAGGAUUAUGCCAUCGACUGGGCGAUUGUGCAGACGCAGCGAUGGAACACGUUGUACAUCUUGAGCCGGGUGCGGGAGCCGAGUGCGGAGAGUAUCCAGGCGUGGAUUGAUCGUGCUGUGGAGUUCGGGUCGAACAGGACGAUGAUUCAGCUAUACAACCAGACGGGUUGUGAGGGUAUAGGCCCGAUGUAA